UUUACGAUUGGCCUGGAGGGAGAGGAGCCUAUUGACAGUACAAAGGUCAUUGGGGCGGAAGCACGGCAAAGGGUCAACGGACGCCGGACCGUCGGGUGUCCCCCCCAAAUCCGGUGGCCCAAAACACAAGGCAUUGCCCACUUCCAGCUGGUGAUUCAAGCCCACUCCUUUCCGCCACUGACCGAUUGACCCACCUGGACAUUAAGGAACGUUGACCCUCUUCUGUGUCGCAAUGAUCCAAGACUAUCAGGACCUCACCUCCUUUGACGUGGAGGACGAAGGCGGGAAACCCAUCCAGAAAGUGCCCGCAAGACUUCCUAUGAGCCCGACACUGGGCCGCCGCCUCUGCCCCAGCCGCCGCCUGGUUCUGGUUCUGUUGGGCUUCAGUGGCGCCCUUCUCCUAGCGGUCAUCGUCUUUGGCGCCAAUGGUAGCAGUUAUCGCUGGCAGAUCAGCACCUUAAAGCAGACCCUUCAAAGCAUCAAUGGAUCAAUGACGGAAGAAAUAGCUGGCCUACAGAGCAAAGAAAAGGAUGCUGAUACAAAAGUUACACAGUUAGAAGGGACGGUAAAACAGCUGACGGAAGAAGGAGAAACAGCUCAUACUCGACUCAGCGGCCAGGUGAAGGAGCUGCAGAAGAAUGUCAGGAACCUGAAUUGCGACCUGGAGAACUUUAAAAAGAACCGAACUGACAAUCCCAAACCCUGCUGUCCCAAAGGCUGGGUUUCCUUCCGGAGAAGCUGUUACUGGGAAUCCAGGGUUGGAAAGACUUGGCAAGAUGCCAAAGCGGAAUGCGAGGCCAGGUACGCCCACCUGGUGAUCAUCACCUCCUACGAGGAACAGCAAUUCGUGGCCACGUGGAUAAGGCCCAAUUACAUGUGGAUCGGCUUGAGCGACGCCAGCGGGACGUGGAAAUGGAUGGACGGGACUUCCUACACCGUUCGGCAAGAGGAUUGGUGCGAGGGCCAGCCGGACAACUGGUACGGCCACGGCCUUGGUGGCGGAGAGGACUGUGCCCACCUCCACCGGAGUGGCUGCUGGAACGACGACCAUUGCACGCGGCUCUACGGCUGGGUUUGCGAGAUGGAAGAGACGGAGUAAGCCUCCUUCCUCCAGGAAAAACUCUCCCUAACUCCCGUCAAUGUGCGUCUCAAAACUUCCUAGCAGAUACUAUUAGUCUUUGCUGUCUUUUAUACCGAGACAGGUUGAGCCUCCCUGAGUCAUAUUUUGGAUUUUUGUGUUUGUUUACUAUUUGCACAUACAUAAUAAUACGCCUAGGAGCUGGAACCCAAAAUUCCUUCAUGCUUCAUAUGUUAUCUACUCACCUUCUAUACAUAGCCUGAAGGCCAUUUCCUGCACGAUAGGUUACAUAACUUUGUACAGGAAACGAUGUUUGUAUGCAUUGAAUGCCAUGGAUUUUAGAGGAUACUCAACCAAUAA